CAGGAAUUCAGUAAGUGCUACCCAAAAGCUCAAUCCUUUAUGCAUACCAGAGCUCAACUUGGAUGUGCCUAGAUCAUUGACACUGCCCAGCUUUCGUAGCUCCCAUUUGGAUGAAGGUUAUGUGACACCCGACAAGGAGUUCAUUGAUAACAGCUGCAGUCGACGUAGUAGCACAAGUGGUUUCAUUGAUAAAAAAAUCGAGUUCCCUGAACGUGUGGAGUAGUAUGUCGGUGGAAAGUCUGAGCAAACCGGUGCACUACACCUGGGAGAACCUGGGUGAACCGGUCUCUGAGGCUGAACCUCCGUUCCUCGCGCAGACGGACGUUGCCGUCUUCGAGUGCUGGAAGAAGUGUGCGCUGAAGAGAGACAGGGAAGAAUAUAGAGAGAGAAAUGUUGGUAUCGGUGACCUGUUCCGAGAUAUCAAGUACAUGUUGAUUGGGAUAGAGUCUAGGACGUUUAUGUAUGAUGAGGAUCAGAAAUCGUUCAUGGUGAAUCCUGGAACGGCGAUAGAAGGCCUCACUUCGGAAGCAUUGGCUGUCUAUAUUGAAGACUUCAUUGAAUGCGGAAACGACGUUCGACUACUAGCGCUUCUUCUGAGAAACUCCAAACAAAAUAUCAACUACAACAAGCAAGGAUUGGUGUUUGAGGCGAUGUGCUCAAGCCUGUCAACUUGGCUGCAGGCCUACCGUGGAAUGGUGGUGAAAAUCGAACAUCAAUGCAACCUGUUGGAACUCCGGUCCUGGCUGCAACCUCUCCGAUCACAGCUGCGGUUCAUUGUCAAUCUGUGUUGUCCCCCCUCCAGCAGAGUGUUAAUGGAUGACUGUUGCCCUCUGCCCAGUGGCGGGGAGCUCUUGACCUAUAUAUACAACGCGGCCCAGAUGACGGCACACUCGCAUAUAGCUUUGCUGCUCUACUUUUUCCUGGAGAAAUGUUUGAAUGUUUACUAUAGGUUCAUAGAGAAUUGGCUGUUCGAAGGAUCAUGUGACGAUCAGUACGGUGAAUUCUUCAUCGAGUCCCGAAACAACCUUGGAUCACCUUUGGAUCGCUCCUAUUGGAGGAGAGCUUUCUCUCUCAAUUACGAGAAGGUUCCAGUCUUUCUCAGCGACUUGGCUGACAAGAUAUUCAUCUGCGGAAAGUCACUGAAUCUGGUCAAAUUGUGUGCUCCUAAUGACCCACUGUGCAAGCAACUGUCGACCUUCUACCCGCCUUUGACCGCCUGUCUGGAGGUGUCCGCCCUGGAGCGACUGGCCGGCGACUACCACGCGUUUGUGUCGCUGUGUCGCGCGACCGACUGCGCCGCAAACCCGCUGCAGUCGCCGCCAACGACCAAGGCCCAAUCCGACAAGCAUGCCGACUUGAUGGAGCGUGUCAAGCUACAGCGUGACAAGAGUAUGUCGCGUGUCAGAGCGGCCCAAGAAGAAGAGAGGAUGACCAUCUAUCAAGAGAAGAAGAAAAUCUUCGAUAUAAUGAAGAAGGAGAUGGAGGAUGCUGAGAAGAGGAAGAUUGAAAAGAGACGGAAAGAGUUGGCCGAAGAGCAACAGAGAUUGGAGGAGCUGGCUCAGACCGCCUUGCAGGAUGCAGCCAGGGAAAACGAGGAAAAGAGACGCUUGAUCGAGUACUACAAAUCAAUCUCGGAUCUGGCAGAAAUUCGCAAGCUGAAAGCCAAGUGGAAGGCUCAAAGGCUUCACUUACACGAUAAACGAACUCUUUUCUUCGCCGACGACAAGAAAUCCAUUAGCAACCAACUGCUGCAACAGAAAAUCGCCGACGAUGUUGAUAACAGACGAAAAAGUUGCAUUUUCAAGCUGGAUAGCAACACUGAAGUUGAAGAUAAUGGAGCUGUUUCGUCAGAUAGCAGGACUACCAUCGACAGUAAUAGAUUGGAGGAAGGUGGGCUACUGGAGUCUGAAGGUGAGGAUUUGAGGACUGCCUGUGUAAGUGUUACCCCGAGUUGUGAGACUUUUGUGACAGCUGUGGAUAGUAAAAGAUCUCUAAUUGAUUCUGAGAGCUCAUCAGUUGAAGAGAAGGUCUCAUCAACUAGUAUCAUUGAAGACAGCACUGUGGAAACUACACCUGUUGUAUCUUCAACCUCAAUCAUUACCGGAGAAGAAGAAAGUAUCACAGACAUUGAUAAUCGGUUGAAAGUAGCAGACAAACAAUUUGAUUCUAAAACCAGUUGUACAGAGAUUGAUAAUCGGUUGAAAGUUUCAGACAACCAAUUUGAUUCUAAAACUAGUAGCCCAGAGAUUGAUAAUCGGUCGAAAGUGCCAGACAAUCAAUUUGAUUCGAAAACUGGUUGCGAAGAGAUUGAUAAUCGGUCGAAAGUAGCAGACAAUCAAUUUGAUUCAAAAACUGGUUGCGAAGAGAUUGAUAAUCGGUCGAAAGUGCCAGACAAACAAUUUGAUUCGAAAACUAGUAGCCCAGAGAUUGAUAAUCGGCGUGAAAUUGAUGUACAAUACGACUCAAAAACUUUGUACGAGCUUUACAAUGUGGCCCACUCUGAAGCUCAGAAAAACAAGAUGAAAGUUUUGGAAUUUGAGUUUGAUUUAAAGUGUUCAAGAGCGGAAAACGAUAAGUACUACGAGAAAAUAGAUUCAAGCAGUAAAGACAAAGUUUUGGAGAUGAAAAUGAGCUCUAGUAGCGAGGCUAUAAAAGAGAGAACGUUGGAACUGGAAAAGGCAUGUGUGAAGGCGGUGGAAGCUAGGAGAGAAGCGGCCCAAAAUCGAGCUAGAGUCAUGUCUAGUGAGUAUGACAUCAUAUUUCGUAAAGAGUUUGAGGAUGGGGAUAGAGUGGAGAGAAGGAAACAUGAGAUAGAGACACACAACAAGAUGGUGUCGGAGAGAGAGGAGGUUUCUGCUCCCAAUGAUGUUGAAGUAGAAGAUAAACCUACCUCUGAUAAAUCUAAAUGCAUGAGUGGUCAGUAUUUCAACAGCGAUGGGCGGUUUAUCUUUAAUAGUAUCCCCUUACUAGUGGACAUAACAGCCAGGAAACUAGGUACCUCUGAGAGGCCCCAGAUAGAUGUGGAGCGGGUGGAUCUAUCAGCAAUCCACAACUGUCUCCACAAAUCUGUGUCGAUCCCCACUGAGAUCCAACACGUUUUCGCGAACGAUGCUGUGUUGAGGCUGUUUUUGAACAACGAGAAACUUCUAGAACAUCUUCAGUGUAUACGGAAGUAUUUCUUCUUCCUCGAUGGAGAGUACGGUAGAAUACUGACCGGAAGUUUGUUUCAAGAGUUGGAACUAGCCGAACAUCCAUCGGUGUUACUAAGUCGGCACCGGUUAAACGCGAUCCUACAGCUGGCUAGUGGCUCAUUCCAGAACUGUUCGCCGUUCGUAGAGAGACUGUCGUUCUUCGUGAGGGAAAUUCCGCUGGCUUUCCUACUGACUGAUCCUGAAGUACUGAACUGUUUGUCGAUGAGAUACAAACUGCAUUGGCCGUUGAAUAUUAUUAUAUCGGAUGACGCCAUUUUGAAUUACGACAAGAUUUUCGCGUUCCAACUUCAACUGCAUCGAGCGUCGUGGGUGCUACAACAGGAUUUCCAGAUAUUGAAAGUGAAGGGAAUGCUGAAGAGUUCCCAUUACCGCCAGUUGCAGAUCUUCAGGCACACGAUGUACCAGUUCAUACGAACUUUCACCAACUACAUUACGACGAUAGCUCUAGAAGGCAGCUGGUUAGAAUUCAAGCAGAGUCUUGUUAAGGUGGAUACACUGGAUGCGCUCUAUUUGGCGCAUGUCAAAUACGUCAAGAUGGUUAACUUCAGAUGCCUGCUAAACAAACGUUCCCAGCCGCUCCAAAAGCAGAUCCACGAACUUUUGCGCGCAAUCCUGACCUUCCACUCGCUUCUUCGCGUGGGUGAAUGGGUGCCUGACACAUCAGAGGGCAACCACACACACUCGGCCUUCCCUAGGCUCGCGCAUCAGUUCAGCGUGUUCCUGCGUGUGGCGCGAUUCCUCGUCAAGUAUCUCAAACAACUAGUGGACAAAGGAUAUCAACCGCACUUUGAUCUACUGCUCACAUAUCUGUCGGCUAAUGAGUUCUAUGGAUGAUAAUCUAGUGAUUCAAUCAAACUAUAGCAUAAGAUGGCAUAAAAAGAUAUCCCAUGAUUUGUGGAAUUCAUUCAAAGUUUGGAAGUUUUGUAUCAAAUUUUUGUGCUGUGUUUCAAUUUGAGA